AGGAACAUUAUUAUAAAGUGUUACCAAUACUCCCAGUGAGUGGGACUAUUAGCCAUGCUGAAACUGAUACUCUGCCUGGUGUGCAUGGGCACAACUGUGGACGUGUCUUCUGGCUGUGUCCAUUGUUUCAUGGACCAAAACGACAUCAAUGACAUGUGCAUGGGCUACACAGUCACCGAUGAGGACGGGAGUUACACAAGCCCAGCAGCAUGCAUUGAUCUGGUGGACUCCUUGUUCAUCUCCAACCAGGAUGUCCUGCAGGCAGCCAGAGUGGGGAGAGGCCACGAUGGAGCCCUCAGAGACAUCUUGAGAGGCCAGCUCAUGCCUCUGGUGGAGGAGUUCAGGGGACAGACCAACAGCGAGGCGGUGUAUCACUCCAGGCUGACGGCAGCGCAAGAGAACUUCACCGCUCAAGCCUCCCAGCUGCCCAGAGCGUCCGAAUGCUUCCCACCCUGUGGCUUCCAGGUAGAUGGAGCUGUCUACUGCUGCCAGCACUGUACGUACUACUCAUGCGAAUACGCCCUGGACUGCCCGGCGGAAGAGGUCGAGGUCGGGGAGAACAAUCGCACGCAGAUGCGCUGCGACGUUCUGUUUCCACUCCCCAGUGACAUCGAGGUGGUGUGGAGAUUCGCUCCGACUAGGACCCAGCUGGUGGAGCUUCUGAAAGAGGUGACCGCGGGCACCGACCUCCUCUACUCCAUCCCAAAGGCCAGCAGCAACAACGAAGGCACCUACCAGUGCGAGAUCUUCACUGCCGAGGGACGGGCCAUCGCCCGCCUCUACUUCUACCUCACUGUGACCCCCUACACUGUCACCGGCCACUUGGAGCUGCAGGAUAUAUUUGAGAGAGUCCUGAUGGCCGAAGGUCAGGCGUCUCCCGUGACCUCUGUGACCUCUACUGGCGGGCCUCUGCUGCGCCUGCCUUCCCCUUCCCUCCUCACCGCCUGCCUGACCAGCCUGCUGCUCCUGCUGCUGCUCUCCCUGAUGUUCCUCGCAUGGAGCAACCUGCGCACAGACGCAGCACAAGGGGCACAACAAGGUGAAGACGCACAAGGCGUGGAGGUGAAAAAAUAUGUGGUUCGGUUCAGUUCCGAGACGGACUUGUGUGGAGUGGAAGUUGGAGCUGCAAUUUGAAGACCUCUCUUUUGCUUUCUCUCUAUUUUUUUUUUUUUCAUUUUCUUUCUUUCUGUCAUUUUAUUUUCUAACUUCCCAUUAUUUCUUGAUCUUUUAACUUUUGACCUAUUCCUUUAAAAAAAAGACCAUUCUUUAA